ACUCUCAUACAUAUAAUUCAAUCCCAUACUUGCAUUACCAUCUUCUUCAAUCUUUAGUACUAUAUAUAAUUUCCGCUUGUUUAAUCAAUACAUAUAUAAAUAUAGCCACUUCAAUUCAUGUUUGGAAAAAUGAAGGUAGUUUUUGCAGCAUUGAUUCUUGCCACCCUUGUUCUUACUUCAUCUUUCAUCAACCCCACCCACGCUGAUUCAGAUUUUUGCGAUUCCAAGUGCAAGGUGAGGUGCUCAAAGGCAGGGAUGAUGGACAGAUGCUUGAAGUACUGUGGACUAUGCUGUGAGGAAUGCAACUGCGUGCCUUCAGGGACCUAUGGAAACAAGGACGAGUGCCCUUGUUACAGGGACAAAAAGAACUCUAAGGGCAACCCCAAGUGCCCUUAAUUCACCCUUAAACCAUCUUAGCCCUGCCCGUCAAUUCAUCCACGCCGCCUCAUAAAAAA